UCCCCCUCUCCAGGAAGUGAGGGGGGGUUAGCCGCCCGGCCGGCCGCGAUGCAUUCUGGGACAGCAGCAGCACCAGAUCCAAGAUGGCGGCCAGCAGGAGGCUGAUGAAGGAGCUUGAAGAAAUCCGCAAAUGUGGAAUGAAAAACUUCCGUAACAUCCAGGUUGAUGAAGCUAAUUUAUUGACUUGGCAAGGGCUUAUUGUUCCUGACAACCCUCCAUAUGAUAAGGGGGCCUUCAGAAUUGAAAUCAACUUUCCAGCAGAAUAUCCAUUCAAACCACCGAAGAUCACAUUUAAAACAAAGAUCUAUCACCCGAACAUUGAUGAAAAGGGGCAGGUCUGUCUGCCAGUAAUUAGUGCUGAAAACUGGAAGCCAGCAACCAAAACCGACCAAGUAAUCCAGUCCCUCAUAGCACUGGUGAACGACCCCCAGCCCGAGCACCCUCUCCGGGCUGACCUAGCUGAAGAGUACUCUAAGGACCGUAAAAAAUUCUGUAAGAACGCUGAAGAAUUUACAAAGAAAUAUGGGGAAAAGCGACCUGUGGACUAAAAUCUGCCACGACUGAUUCCAGCAAGUGUGAGCAGAGACCCUAGCAGUGUAUUCAGACCCCCAUCAAAGCAGGACUCUGUGGAGAAUUGAUGCGUGCCACCGCCUGGCGUCCGCUUGUGGCAGUUACUAACUUUCUACAGUUUUCUUAAUCAAAAGUGGUCUAGGUAACCUGUAAAGAAAGGAUUAAAAAUUUAAGAUGUUCUAGUUCUGCUUUCUUUGUUUUAAAAAUCACUGCUUCAGUCUUUUUCGAAAGAAUGGUGUUUCUUUUCUUGUCCAAAUUUAUCCAGAAAUCUUCUGCUUACAUUCAAUAGCCCAUAAGGUUUUAAAAAAAGGGGGUGGGGGGAAGGUCAUCGUUUACCUUCUUCCCCAAGCCUUUGCAACCCCCUCUUUCUUGCAUUCAGUUUAUUUUUCACCUACUCACUUCCCCAGACCCAGGCCCUGUCUCCUCUGCAAAGGAGAAGAGACGCUGCUGGCAUUUCUGUUGGCUUUUCUUCCGUGUUGCACUGCCUGGUAUGGAAGUUAGUUCCAAUUCUCCUGACUCCAGUGUAUAGCAUCCUUAAAAAAAAAAAUUAAAAAACAAACACACACUUCUUAAAGAAAAAAGUUGUAAAAGGGAAGCCCAGCUAUUGUAUAAAACCCUGGCUAAUGUUACCACGAUAAUGUUGAUUAAAUGGGCAAACCCCGCUGUCUGUGUGGUGAUUGAACCCCAGCCUGGCGCUGGCCUGCUGGGGGAAGCCCACAGUAGCAGGUCUUUGGUGCCUGAGGGGUGGGCCUGCCAGCCAGAAGAUGCUGUUCAUGUGUGUGAAGAAUUUCUCACUAGGAAGGCUUCUCAGGCUGAAGGUCAGCCCUCUUCACUGCAGCCCUUUUGGAAGACCAGCUGGUCAUUAGCAGAAGAAGCUAAAGCCAAAAUAUCCAUGUGAAAUCCCCAGCGCAUCUGUCACCGAGCUCCGUCAGAAUGUGCCAUGGAGCUUGCGCUCCACCUUUGAGCAACGGCCCCAUCACAGCCUUCCCUCCACACAGCUUGGUUCUUUGCGGGCUCGGAACUGGCGGGACUUGGCUUUAGACAGCACUGGUCUGGGGUCGACGUCGUGCCUGCUGACCCCUUAGGAGCCAGCCAGCCAGCCCAGGAGCAAGAUGGCUUUCCCUCACCCUUUGGACUCACAGCGUUUGCAGAAAUCCACCUCCACUUGAAGCUCACUCAGUAAUAUCCUUUCAAUGUGUUUUAUAUUGUUUUGACUGCCUUUUUUUGUAGAAAUAAAAAUUGACCUUAGAAUUUA